AUGUUUCAUGUCACUGGAAAUAAAACAGUCUUUGUAGGACUAGAGACAGUUAUUAUAAAGACCAUUGCAAGCGCACUGAAUUUUUCCAUCGAGUUCUCAACUCCGCCUGGGAAACAGAAAUGGGGGAUACUUGAUUCGAAUAACAGUACAGGCUUGUUAGGAAUGCUUCAGAGGACAGAAAUUGAUGUCGGUUUUGGUGUUACUGGACUAAGCCCUGAUCACAGCAAUUACCUUCGUUCGAGUUUCCCAAGUGUUAUUUCUCAACUGACCAUGGCUAUUCCACCGAGAAAUCCAUACACAUCAUUGGAAAAGAUGUUUCUACCGUUCACCGCGUCCUCGUGGACGUUAAUCGUUGUAUGCUAUUCGGUUAUUUGUGGCUUUUCGAAUAUAGUAUUUUAUAUUCGACACCAUUCAUUCUACGAGAAAGAGCAAGGCAUGAUAUACAUUACGUGGGUUAUUUUAAUGGGAGGACCAGGAAGUUAUGUUAGAAGACACAGCUCCAGAAUUUAUGUGAUCAGUCUCGUGUUAAAUGCAUUCAUCGUUCGAAAUUUUUAUCAAUCGUCAUUGUUCAGGUACCUCCGUUCGAACGAUAACAUGGCUUCAAAAUUAAAUACUUACGAAGACAUAAAUAAUGCAGGUCUAUGUUAUUAUAUGUAUCCCACGAUUAAGCAUUAUUUUGUAGAGAACCCUUGGAUGAUUGGAAG